UUAUCAAGAAAAGAUCAGAUCAGAUCCAAUCCAUUAAGCAGUAGGGUAGAAAGGGUGGGAUGGAUUUCUGGCCAGAGUUUCUUGCAAGCAGUUGGGGUAAAGAAUUUGUGGCUGGGGGAUUUGGGGGAAUUGCAGGCAUCAUGGCUGGAUACCCACUUGAUAGUGUACGAGUUCGCCAACAGAGCUCACCCUCUGGCUCAGCUUUCACCAUCCUUAAGAAUGUUGCUGCUACAGAAGGACCAUUUGCUCUUUAUAGGGGCAUGGCUGCUCCCCUUGCUUCUGUUACUUUCCAGAAUGCCAUGGUUUUUCAAAUCUAUGCUAUCUUGUCACGGGGUUUUGACUCGUCUAGUUCUUCCACCGAACCCCCAUCUUACAAAGGUGUUGCUCUAGGAGGUGUAGGAGCAGGGGCUAUACAAAGCCUAAUGCUUUCCCCUAUCGAAUUGAUCAAGAUCCGACUACAAUUACAAACCCGUGUCCAACAUGAUCACAUAGAAAGAGGUCCACUAAGUGUUGCAAAGAACAUCCUAAGAACAGAAGGUUGGCGAGGACUCUACAGAGGCUUAACAAUCACAGCUUUAAGAGAUGCACCUUCACAUGGUUUCUAUUUUUGGACAUAUGAAUUCAUGAGAGAAAAACUUCAUCCGGGCUGCAGGACAAGUGGCCAAGAAAGCUUUAAUACAAUGCUCGUUGCUGGUGGUCUUGCAGGCGUUGCUAGUUGGGUUUGUUGCUAUCCUUUAGACGUGGUUAAAACUAGACUUCAAGCUCAAACACCCACUUCGACGGUAAAAUAUAACGGAAUUGUGGAUUGCUUAAGGAAGAGUGUACAGAAGGAUGGAUACAGUGUGCUGUGGAGAGGACUGGGAACCGCGGUUUCUAGAGCUUUUGUGGUUAACGGAGCUAUUUUCACAGCCUAUGAAACCGCCUUACGGGUCUUGUUCAACAACAAUGGUUGUACUAAUACCAAUGACAAUCAAAAAACCCUUCAAACAGACAAUGCUAUAUAAACAAAUUAGAAGAAGAUAUAUGAAAGGGAAAUUAAUAGAAAUAGCCAUUUUCAGGCUUUGGGUUCAUCUCUUAGCAAUUUCUCUCCCAAUAUUUCAAAAAUAUCCCUCCUCCGUAAAUAGCAACUCCUCAACUUACGAAGGGGUCAAAGUGUAAAAAAAAGAAGUUUCUCAACAUGGUUUGCAAGUACAAGAACCAAAUCUAUAAUUAGUCCCAACACUACCUUUAUCUAACUUACAGAUUUGGUCCUUAUACUUGCGGACCAUGUUCAGAAACUUCUUUUUUUGUUUACAUUUUGACCCCUUAGUAAAUUGAGGAGGUACCACUUGCAGUAGUAGUGACAUUUUGAAAUAUUGGGAGAGAAAUGGCUGAAGAAUGAAUUCGAAGCCUGAAAAUGGCUAUUUUAGUUAAUUUCCCUAUUUGAAAUUAUCAUCUGAAACGUGAAUCUUGAAGUUCAGACUUCAGAAAACAACACAUUAUUUCUGAAUGUGAAUAAAGUGGAAAGUAUGCAGCAAUAGAGUUCAAGAAAUCAGAAGUGAAAUAUCAAAGGAUUCAAAGCAAUAGAAGUAGAUCAAUCAGAUAAUUGGUUUGUCUCAAUUUAUAGUUGAUAGUCAUUCAGAAUUUCAUUGUAACUUUUCUUGUUAUAUAUAUAUAUCUUAACACAAUGAA